UCGAAAUUAGUGAAAAUAUAAUGUCUAAACAAAAUUAAGCAUAAUUAUGACAGGGGUUACUCGUACAGUGUUUGGAUAUUGUGUAGUUUUACUGCAUUUGGUUAAACAAAUUAACUCUCAUGUUGAAGACGGAUUUUUUCAAAAGUUUGAGGAGUCGCAUACAGUCUUUAGAGUUUUUGUCCUUCAAACUGACGCCCGAUCACUACUCUCCUGUGCGCAUGCGUGCAUGCGCUACUCGGGAUCCACGUGCAGUGACGUAUGCAGCCACUUUCACUAUGAAAACAUCACUCAAACAUGCUUUGGCCUAAAGCAGGGAAAUAACUGGACAGAGGCGUGGACUAAAGAGAACAAAACCGUUUAUGUGCUGAAAAAGAAGCAGAACGAAGUCUGUGAUAUCGGGUGGCGAUUAUUCGGCAAUGUAUGCUAUUACAUCGAAAUGGCAAAAUUGGAGUGGAGUUUGGCGCGUGAAAAUUGUGAGAACAUGGGUGGUUGCCUAGCAACCGCCCACAACGAGACGGUGGACAGCUUCCUGGGGACGCUGAUAACCACGUGCAGUCCGGACGAUCGGGAUGCUUGGCUGGGUGCGAGCUACAGCAGCGCGCUGUGCAAAUGGAAAUGGGAGAGCGGGGAACCAUUUAGCUAUCGAAAUUGGGGCCGGGGACAACCGGAUUUGUUAGUCGGAACCUGCUUAGUAAAAGUGCCCAAAUGGUAUGACCGCGAUUGCACACACUUGCAGAAUUCCGUGUGUGAAAAGUAGAAGUUCAAUUAAUGAUUGUCUUACUAAAAUAAUAUAACAGAACAUUAAUUUUGUUCAGAAUUAAACGUUUUCAACAUUCAUUGCCGACAUAAAUCAAAUCACUUUGUCGUAAAAAACAGACAUGGUCAAUAGAGAGAUGUUGUUGCAUAAUGAUAUAAUUGUAACAAUAGUAAUACUUUUGCCUUAUCUUGUUAGGUUCGUGAUCGUAAUAUAAAUGCAAAGUAAAUGAAUUCAACUAACGUUUCGCAAAGUUUUUCUUAAAUCUGAUAACAUCAAAUUUAUAAACUUUUGUUUUGUAAGCCAAUUGCUAAAAAUGAAGUUUUCUUUCCUUAAAUUAUGAUAAUACGGACAAACCAGAAGAAAAUGAUAUUCAUUUACAAGACAUUCAUGUUGCAAAAGGUACAAAUUCUAUCUGCCCUCUGUCUAUCAUGAUGUCUACCCGUUUCGAUCAAUUUUUUAGAGGGAACCCGAAAAUUUGUAAGUGCUUUGCCAAAUUUAUUUGUUUAUUUUGCAUCUAGGUAAAUUUCUUGCUUAAGUUCAUUUUAAUACUAACAGUGUGUUUAUAAUGUUUUGGAUGCAUUAAUAUCUGUAUUCCAAGAUUGUUUAAAGAUGCCCUCUUACUCCAAAAUAAGAUUUACCACAAUUAAUACAAUUGUUUUAAUAAACCAGAAAAGAUGAAUAAAUGUUGAAAACAUUGGUUAUUAUGAAAGAUACCAUGUUGAGUUUGAAACAAGGGAGCAGAAAACACGGUAUUUCUACCUUAUGGGACGAUGGUAGAUCACACAAAAUAUUUUAGA